AUAAUAUUCUAAUAGAAGGUACAAAAACCAGAAGGUACUGACUUGUUUUGUUACAGAUAUUACUAUUUUAUUCUUUUAUUUACAAUCAAUUACCAGGUACCAAUUACCAAAACAAGCUGCCGUCUGUUAAAAGUGACAGCCAUGUACAACUACUCAAUUGAAGAGUGCCGAUCAAAAGAGUUUCCUCAAAUAAAAGGUAGGCCUAAUUAUUUCUUGUAAAUUAUACUGUCGGUACCCGGUGCUGGUACUCAAGCCAUUUAAGUUUAAUAAUAAAUUGAAUAAUAAUAUGUAGAGUGUUGUGAAUGUUUGGUAAGGGAGGGGGUGGUUGUUGAUCAUGAGGUCAGAGCGUGAAGUUGGUUCCUGGUGUUGAGCUUUACUCGUAUGCUGAGAUUUGGGAGUGUUAUGUUGAGAUAUGAAAGUAAGGGUAGUGAGUUAAUAAUAGUUGGUCGUGAGAUGAGCCAAGAGUAAGAGAAGCGAGAUCUUCGAGUGUUUGAGAGUCCGGAGUAGAUUGUUACUGUCGUUAGAGUAGUGUUUAGAGUCGAGUAGAGAGAGAUAGUAAGUUUGUUAGAUUCGCUGUGGGGCUUUUUGCUGACUCUGAGGAUAUUUCUCUGCCAGAUAUAUUCAUUAUAUUCUUCUUCUUAGAUAAAAGAAGUCUUCUAUAUAUUAAGGGCCCACAAUCAAUUUAUUGAAUUGAUCAUUUGAUUUUGAUCAUUUUGGCUACUAUGCAGGUAGAGGGGGAUUUGCAGUGUUUCUGUGCCUGUAGUUGAUGAGGAUAUUUCACUGGUUGCAAGGGCCACUUAGUGAGGGUAUCAUGCACUGGGGGUAGGAAGGCCUCAACUGUACCUUUUGAAAGCUUGUUCCAGUCCCUGAUUGUCUUGGCGGGAAUGAGCAGUUCCUAUACUGGCUUCUAGCUGGUAUGAGCCAGCAUUGCCUGUCAUGGCCUCGUCGCUGUCUAUGGGGGAGAGGGAUGAGUUUCUGUUUAAGUUUAAUGCUGGAGCAGUGGACCAGCCCAUUAUUAAUCUUGUACAUUUUGGAGAGCCUGGAUAGUCGUUGUCGUUCCUCCACUGGUGACCAGCCUAGUGUUUCCAGCAUGCUGCAAACACUAGAGGUAUUCCUGUAGCGGUUCAGGACAAAGCGUGCUGCCCGUCGCUGGACCGCCUCCAACCUGUCGAUGCUCUUCUGGGUAAAUGGGUCCCAGACUGAAGAUGCAUAAUUUAAAACCAGACAAACAAGGCUUUAUAAGCUCUUUCUUUCACACAGGAGUUGCCAAUCUUUAGAUUAUGCCUUAAGAACCGCAUGGUCUUGUUUGCCUGGUUGCACACAUUAUUAAUAAGCUUGUCGCAGAGGACCUCUCUUUGAAUGGGAACACCAGGUACUUAACGGAAGAAACUGGCUCAAGUAUCUGGCCAUGCAGUUGGUAUUGGUAGUGUAGAGGAGUACAACUUCUAGAGACUGACAGUGUCUGGCACUUGGCAGGGUGAAAUUCCAUGUCCCAGCUCAUCUCCCACUCUUCUAAUCCUGUUGUAUCUGGUCUUGGUCAGAUCUUUUGGUGAUCGCUCUAUACUCCAUGAUGUCAUCUGCGAAGAGUCUUGCUUGGGACGUCAGUUUCUUGGGUAGGUCAUCAAUGUAUGCUAGGAACAAACAGGGGCCAGGCAUUGAUCCCUGGGGGACCCUUGACGUAACACAGUCAAAGGAGGAGCUUGUACCUUCCACCACUACUGCUUGGUAUCGGUUGCCAAGGAAGCUAGCGAUCCAUGUUUUAGUAGUGCCUUGAAUCCCAUAUCUCUGAAGUUUGCGUAGAAGCAAACUAUGAUUGACACGGUCAAAUGCCUUUGAGAAGUAAAUCAGCAGCACAUCAGUUUGCGUGCUGUUCUCCAGAUUGGUCAUCAAGUCUUCUACAAAUUCAAAGAGCUAGUUGUCACAUGUUCUAUUGACUCAGAAGCCAUGUUGACAGUCGAGUAUAUUUUGGCUUUCAAGAUGCUUCAUGAAUGUGCUAACGAUUAUGUGCACCAACAGUUUGCAUACCAUGCUGGUGAGGGAUAUCGGACGAUAGUUGGCUGGGUCGGAAUGCUCCCCUUUCUUGUAGAUUGGAGUGACAUGCGCUGUUCUCCAGCCUGCUGGAACCUUUCCUGUGCACAGCAACGAUUGGAGGAUUGUCAGUGCAGGAGCGAUUUAUUUGGCUAAUUUUGAGCACUCGUGGUUUGAUGUUGUCAGGACCACAUGCUUUGUAGGGUUUAAUGGUUUUGAGGAGGGCAAGCACACCUUGCUCUGAAAUCUGGAUAUCUGGUAGGCUUUGUUCAUCAUGUUUAUCAUACCAGUAUUUAUGUACCAAGUGGAUGUUUUAGUACAUGGAAAUACAGAAUUUAUAAAUAACUAUUCAGUGUUUGAGUUACUUGACCAAUUUAAUUUUACCAAUAAUGGAAUACAGAAGUCAGAAUAAUUUACCAACCAUUUUAUAACACUAUACUGCUUUUAAAAUCUUAACUUAACAACUCUGAUCGCAGUUGUCUCUACUUUUGCUCCAGGGGCUGUGUAUGUUGAUCAUGCGGGUGCUACAUUGUUCAGCAAUUCACAGAUUGAAAGUGUUCAUCGUGAUCUAGCAACGAAUUUGUAUGGAAACCCACAUAGCCAUAAUGCCUCUAGUAAACUGGCAACAGACACCAUUGAUCAGAUCAGAUAUAGGUGAGUUAGAAGUAAAAUAUGAUAUUCCAAUCGGGCUGUAUAUUUUUAGUUUCUUAAAACAAAUAUGUGAUUACCAAAAUAACACCUCUACACAAAGUCCCACAAAACAUAUACAAGAGCAUAAAAACCUCUACCAAAAUAAUAAUUCAAAACAAUUAUAAUUUACAAUGCUUUAUAACUUUUUCAAUUAGUUAUCACUGUUUUAAAUACCUUAAAUCUUUUAUCUUUUUAUAAUUUCUCCAUUUGUUUUAAAUCCAAAACAAACGUCCUUGUAAAUAAAUUUUUAUUUUACGCUGUUAAAUUGAUGUGAUUAUUUCACCAUUAUUAUUAAUUUUCCUUCUUUGAAUCAAAGUUUCGUUUGCUCAACUUUUUUUUAAAAAAUGUAAUUCUAGAUCAUGAGUCUUUUAUUUGAUACCAAAGAAAAUAUUAAAAAUUUUGCGACACCUCAGUUUGAAACUGCUGCACCGGAUCAUUGGUGGAAGUAUAGAAGUUUUACAUUAUCUCUAAAAAAAAAAAAAAAAGCUUUAAAAUAAAAAAUUUAAUUAUAUUUUUUUUAUUUUUUUUUUUUUUUUUUUUUUUUUUUUUUAAAUAUUAAAAAUUUUGCGACACCUCAGUUUGAAACUGCUGCACCGGAUCAUUGGUGGAAGUAUAGAAGUUUUACAUUAUCUCUAAAAAAAAAAAAAAAGCUUUAAAAAGAACAAUUUAAUUAUAUUUCAUUGACAUUUUUUGACAGAUUGCUCCAGUUUUUUAACACCAACCAUGAGGAAUACAGUCUAAUAUUUACCUCUGGCUGCACAGCAUCUUUAAAACUUAUUGCUGAAAGUUUUUCCUUUAGUAAUGGUAUGUUCUUGUGUUGUUUUUUUUAUCUAACUAUAUUUACUCCUCUGCAUUUUUUAAAAAAAAUGUUUGUGUGCAUAGUUUGUCUCUGCUUAUAUUUUCUGUCUUGAAAAUUCCAUUUCAGGGAAUUCAUCCGAAGAUGCCGGUGUGUUUUGUUUCUUGGAAGAUAACCAUACAUCUGUUCAGGGCAUGCGUGAGGCUGUUGUGGACAGAUGCCAAAGUGUCUUCUGCCUGGAUGAGGGGGAGUUGAUCAAUGCUCUGAGAAACCCUGGCGGCUGUGCACACAGUGAUGAGUCAUCGUCUGUUGAUUCCCCACAAUAUUUAUCGCAUUCACCUUCAGCACACUCUCUGCUGGCCUACCCUGCACAAUCAAAUUUUUCUGGGAAAAAGUACCCACUGCAGUGGAUCAAAGAAAUUCAAGAAAAUGGUUUGGGCAUUCCAGGAAGAAGGUAUGUGCUGAUUUUUUAAAAAAAUUCAUCUUAACAAAACGGUAAAUGUCACUAUUACCCAAUAGCCUUGACAGUGCAAAACAAUUUUAAAAAUUUUUAGUUUAAUACUCUUUGCAAAUUUAUAAAAAGUUCUCAUGGAUAUUUUUAAAAAUAUCCUUGCUGUAACAGCAAUGCAGCUACUUUUUUAUCGUACAUUUUUUUGAAGUAUGUAUUUCUUUCCAUGUUUCAAAUUUUGUUACAGCAUAAAUUACAUCAAUGGUUAUAUUAAUCUUGAGUCACACAUUUGUUUUUUUAUCAUACAUAUAAACUUUCUGCCUUGCUGGAUGUAUUAAAGUCCAUAAUUAAGUUUGUUAAACUGUAUGUACAGGGUGGUGAGCCCAGACCUAGGUUGGGGAACCGCGCUAUAUAAAACCACUAAUAAUAAUAAUAAUAAUAAUUUCUGACAAGAUGUCACUUAGCAGUGUCUAAUUGUAAAAGGGAAGUGUGUUUAGAUUUAAAUUUUAAUUAGUUAUUUUUUUAAUUUUGGAAGUGUCACGCCCUGGGUUGUGAGGGGUGUGUUCUGAGCUUGGUGACAGUGGGAGGAAGGGGUGUAAAAAAACAGUGGGAUAUACUUUAUACAUUAUGGACAGCCCCAUAGUCAUAUUAAUAAAAUGACAAUCCAGCUCAGCCUUUAAAUCAUCCCCUUUUCUCUUUCCCAAUAUGUUUGUCAUAUUUUAUGUUGUUGAACACACUUGGAAACAUCUUUGAAAAAUUGUACUUGUUCUUUUUAAGUUGAAAUCUCAACUUAUAGUUUCACACUUUUUUUAUUUGAUGAUCUUGUUAUCAAACAUUUAGCACAGCAGCCUCAGAAAAAUGGUUUGUUCUUCUGGAUGCUGCAAGUUAUGUCAGCACAAACAAACUAAAUCUGUCUGAGAGCAAGCCUGACUUUGUCACAAUUUCCUUCUACAAAAUAUUUGGUUACCCAACCGGACUAGGUAGGUUGUUUUCAAGCCGGUGUGGGACUAGUCUAAAUUUGAAUUAUCAGAAACAUUGAGGAUUUAUCAAAUGUGUGCGCACAUUGUUUUUUUGUUUUAAAUUAUAUUUAUAAAGUAUGGACUGAUUAUGAACACUAAAUUGGUUCUUUUAUUAAUUGCUUUUUAGAAUACUUUUUUUCUUUGUACCGGGUAUUUUUUAUUAAUUGGACACUAGUGGCUGUCUCAAUUUAUGUGUAAGGCAGAGGUUUUUAAACACUGGUUUGCAAAAAAAAAAUUCCUGCUUGUAAGCCUUAUAGUUUUUUUUAUAAAUUUUGCGAACUGAUAAAAUUUAAGAUGUUCUGUUAUUAUCAUUUUUGUUCACUGCACAGUUCCUGGUUAUUUUAAUGAUUUUAGAAAUUUUAGAAAUUAUAUUAUCAAUUAGGUCUAUAUUUAGAAACUUAUUUUUCUUUAAAUGGUGUGUAAUUAAAUAAUGUAAUAGCAAUUAGGCCUGCAUGAUUGCUGUAUAAUUUAAAUAUUACUUAUGUUGACUGGUGUGCAGUUGUAUAAAGGUUGGAGAACCUUUGGUAUAACUUGUGUAUAAUCUUGAUAUUCUAAAUAUUUGUAAUGAACUACCUGUGCCACAAACGCCUCUCUUCAGGUGCCCUGCUGGUAAACAAGCGGGCCUGGAACACAUUGAAGAAAACCUACUUUGGUGGUGGGACUGUUGCCAUGAGCACGGCCAAGGAAAGGUUCCAAGUGUUCAGAGAAACUCUCCAUGAUAGGUAGCGUAGAUAUAUUCAUGGAUAGUUACUCAUAUUUUUGGGGGCAAAUUUGAUCAUAGAGCUAAAAUAAUUUCAAUGGUUUUUAUUUUAUUACAGGAUUCUGUAUUGCUUUUGUUUUGAAAGAUUAUUUUUUUCCAAAUCUUUUCACAGAUUUGAAGAUGGUACCUUACCUUUUCUCAGCAUCAUUAGCUUACGACAUGGCCUGGAUAUCGUACAGAAAUUAGCUGGUCAGAGUUGUUUUUGUUAAAAGUGUUUUUUUAAUAUUUAUUAUUAUUGUCAAUUUCCAAUAACUUUUCAAAAUAGUUAGUACAAUUUAAAACUAAUUAAUUACUUUCUGUGGUAAGAAAAUUGAAGUAAGAACUAUUAAAUAUGUUCAGUGUGUUUAAAAAUAAUUAAUUGUGUCUUGUUUUAAAAAAAUGGUAAUAUUAAAGGCUAAAGAAGUGCAAAAAAAAAAAAUGUUUCAAUAUUAUCAUAAAUAUCUGAUUCAUAAUCAAACAAUUCAUCUUAAAUUGUUCACAAAGUCUAAUCACAAUGUGUUUUUCUUUACCUUGCAAGGUGGCAUCACCAAGGUUUCAGAGCAUGUUUUUUCAGUUGCUCAGUAUUUCCACCAUCAUCUUCAAAGCCUUUGCCAUGGCAACGGUCAAGCUCUAGCUGUAAUUUAUGGUGGUGUCCAGUUUGAGAACCCUGGAGGUCAAGGGGGUAUUGUUACCUUUAACUUGAAGAGAGCAGAUGGAAAUUUUAUUGGUUAUGCAGAAGUGAGGCUACUUAUUUGUAAACUGUUGUUCCUAGUCAUGUUGGUGUAUAAGUAUUUUAAAAAUAAUAACUUCAGAGUCAUGUAGUUAUCAUAUCACUGCUUCUAAAGAAGAGACUUUGUGCUAAAUUCAUUGGCAAAAAAUGUUCGGGUUUGCUCAAUACAUUUUAAAACUUAGCAAUAAUAUGAUGAUUGAUUGUUUUUAGUUUUUUAAUUUAGUUAGAAGUAUGUGCCCCUAUAUUUAGUUAGUAGAAGUAUGUGCCCCUAUAUUUAGUUAGUAGAAGUAUGUGCCCCUAUAUUUAGUUAGUAGAAGUAUGUGCCCCUAUAUUUAGUUAGUAGAAGUAUGUGCCCCUAUAUUUAGUUAGUAGAAGUAUGUGCCCCUAUAUUUAGUUAGUAGAAGUAUGUGCCCCUAUAUUUAGUUAGUAGAAGUAUGUGCCCCUAUAUUUAGUUAGUAGAAGUAUGUGCCCCUAUAUUUAGUUAGUAGAAGUAUGUGCCCCUAUAUUUAGUUAGUAGAAGUAUGUGCCCCUAUAUUUAGUUAGUAGAAGUAUGUGCCCCUAUAUUUAGUUAGUAGAAGUAUGUGCCCCUAUAUUGUUCUUUGAAAUGGAACUUUCUGAUGCAUUUAGAAAUCUUCACGUGGGUAAAUAUUUUUUUAUAAUAAAUGCUAAUGGUGCAUUAUCAUGGGAUCAACUCUCUUGUUUUUACAGGUUGAUAAAUUUGCUCAGCUACACGAAGUCCAUUUGAGAACCGGUUGUUUCUGUAACAUAGGGGCCUGUCAGCAGUACCUGCAGCUGUCAGCUCAAUUAAUUAAGGAAAACUUAGCUGUAAGUCUGCUUUAACACAUUCUAUACUUUCUAUAUUUUCAAUCCAGCUUCUUAUCCAAUGUAUUUUUAGUCUUUCUUUCUAGAGAGUGUAUUGCCUAGUAGGACGACUCUUUCUUGGUUGGUUCUUUCAACGCAUAAACUUUCUGUGAUUUCCAUGAUUUUUUACUGUUUUACCUAGCUAAAUAGGGUAAAUUAAUGUAUUACCUGGCUAAAUAGGGUAAAUUAAUGUAUAACCUGGCUAAUCGUAAUUUUACUGAGCAUAUCAACGCUAUUUUUCUAUGUCUUUUCAGGCUGGACACGUGUGUGGGGACAACAUGGAUUUAAUCAACGGCAGACCAACAGGCGCAGUAAGGAUCUCUUUUGGGUACAUGUCCACCAUCGGUGAUGCCAGGGCGUGCCUACGCUUCAUAGCAGACAGUUUUCUUGAGAAUCCACCCGUUAUUCCAUCAUUCCCUGACCCAGCUUGGUAUAAACAACAGUCAGAGGUUCCCGUUAAAGUGACAGAAGAAGUAAAGAAAAGUUCACCCAAAGAAUCAGCCCUAGGGCCCAGUAAGUGACCAUGAUUGGAUGCCCAUCAGGAAAAUACAAACUAUAAUCCACAGGUGGUGCUUGACAUCAUGGUGCACAGGUGAUGUGUGCAGUUAUGGUGCGCAGGGUUAGUGUGAGGUCAUGGUGCACAAUAAAUUUAUGGCCUUGUGAUAAAAGUAUCACAUUUUGACUAAGUAAUAUCAAAUGGUGUUAACUCCAGUCAUAGAAAAUUCUUUUUGGAUCUUAGGCAGCAUGAACUCCUUUCUGAUGGACCUCUCAAGUCCUGGACAAAGAAAAUGCUGCAUGAGUUUUUUUCACAUUUGUAAAGCAUAAAAACUCAUAGGACUAGCUCAAUGACUUGGAAUUUGACAAAAACUAGCCACUUCCCCUUCUUUCUUAAAUAGAAACACUAUUUAACUAUUACCGGCAGUCUUAAUUUAGCUAGUGAUCUGUUAGAUCUUUUGUGUUGUAUUGAGAUAAACCACAUCUGUGACGACGAAGAAGAAAUAAUUUUUUGAUAGUAUCCAUGUGAUAUUAGAGAUUGGGGACUUCUAGAAACAUAACCCUGACCCCCUACCCCCACCCCCACAGCUGGUGCUAGAGGCCUUUUUUUUUUUCUUUCAAUGACACAACUUUAAAUAUAUUUUCCAUGAUUGCUAUUUAAAAAUUAAACAAAGUUUUCUUCUGUAAACUGCUGGAUGAUUGGCUGUUGUGUAAAAAUUGUUCAACCAGGGGAGACAAUUCCUGUAUUUGAAACCAAGUGAGCAUCUGUCUGCUCUUAAAUUGCAAAUAAAAAUGUAGUGGUCCUUUUGUAAAAUUCAUUUUAUACAUUGCCAAAGACAUGCAAACUGGGGAUCAUGAAUUGAGUAUAUUGUUACUCGCCCUUUCCUCCACACUAACAUUGUCCUUACUAUUCAUUAUCACAUUAAAUUAAAAUGCAAAUGAGCCUCUGAACAAAUUAGUACCACAACCUCUUCCCUUUGACUGCACUGCCCUGUAAAUGUUAUCUUUUGUCAGGUUUAGUCACCAAUGGGCCAAAGCUUCUCAGAGGUGGAGAAGUCAGUGCCGAAAGUGUUUGUAUACUAUGUAGUGAAACCGAGAGAAGGGUCACGGAUAUAUUCUUAUACCCCAUCAAAUCAUGUGGUGCCCUCAGGGUAAAUAUAUUUUGUUUUAAUUUUAAUUUCAUUAAUAUUUAUUUUUUUUUCAGGGCAGGGGGAAACUUUUACCAAGUAUAAUAGAAACAUUAAAUUUGGGCAGCAAAAAUAUUCAUGGUGCUUGUACUUUUUAUGUAACAGAUCAUAAUGAAAUUGUUCAUUAAAAAUAUUAAAGUGAGCGUUUAAUUUAAUUUCUGAGGGGAAAAUAUUUUUAUUGUUUAAUGAUUUAAUUUCAUUAUAAUGAAAUCAUUAUAAUAAAAUUACUUCCUAACUUUUAUAAAGUCUGAUCACUUUUUCUAAAAAACUUUAUUUAUGAAUUUUUGUUUUUAAAUGUCUUUGUUUUUUAAGAAAAUUAUCCUUCUCAACUAUUUUUUUAAGAGAUAAUUGGAAAAGUAAAAUAUUACCUAAAUAGCUUUAAAGUCUCUGGUCAACUGAUGUGGUACAGCAAAUCAUUAUACUUUGAAUAGGUCAGCAAAUGGGAGAUGAGCAGCAAAGGUCUGUUAUACGACCGGGAGUGGGUUCUUGUCAGUGAUACUGGGGUGACCAUCGGUCAGAAGAGAGAGCCCAAAAUUUGCCUCCUGAGUCCAUUUAUUGAUUUGACUAAUAGGAAACUUAUUUUGUCUUUCCAAGGUAAGUAGGAGACAAGCCAAAGGCCACAAUACACAUUUAUUAUAUUUUUUAAUUCCAUUUUCCAUGUCCUUAAACACAACUCAUCAUAGCUUAAUCCCAGACUGCCUGCCCUCCUCUGUGUAUCAAAAAUGUUGCACCUUUCCUUGCCCAGUGUUUUUGGAAUAUUGCCUGGAAUGACAAAAUUAAAAUUGGAAACUAAUCAUGACUCAAAACUGUGUUCUAUAACAGCCAUGUUUGUUUUUGUUGUUUUUUUAUAAAUUUUUUUAUUUUUUUCGAAAUAUAAGAUUGAUAUCAUUCCCUCAUUAAACAUUAGUUUUUGGGGGGGUUUUCUCUUCUAAAUCAGACAUUCAUUGCACAGGUUUCUUAUGAUUUUUUAACUUGAAAAUUCAUCUCCACAAUGAUUUGUUCUUGCAUGCGUAGUUUUAUCAUUUCAUCAAUGCAAUUAGUCAUCUCUAAAUGGAUAAUUAUAUUAUUGAUAAAAAUGUUACGGAGUUGUGCUCCAUUUUUUUUUUGCCCAUGGGAUUUCAAUGUCUAAUAAUGGGUGUUAAUGUAAAGAUCUAAUAAUGGCUGUUAAUGUUAAGGUCUAAUAAUAGGUGUUAAUGUUAAGGUGUAAUAAUGGGUGUUGAGGUGUAAUAAUGGGUGUUAAUGUUAAGGUGUAAUAAUGGGUGUUAAUGUUAAGGUGUAAUAAUGGGUGUUAAUGUUAAGGUGUAAUAAUGGCUGUUAAUGUUAAGGUGUAAUAAUGGGUGUUCAUGUUAAGGUGUAAUAAUGGGUGUUAAUGUUAAGGUCUAAUAAUGGGUGUUAAUGUUAAGGUCUAAUAAUGGGUGUUAAUGUUAAGAUCUAAUAAUGGGUGUUAAUGCAGUGAUUUAUUCCUUUCCCGUUUCUUAAAGGUGCUGAGCCAUUUGAACUCCCCCUCGACCAAGAGCAAGACUUUGAGGCCUUGGCAAGUCUCUGCACCAACAAAGUUUGUGGGGAUAGGUAGGCGACAUGUCUUUCAAAUUAUUCAAAUGAUAUAUUUAUAGAUGCAAGUGCAUGUUUUCUGAACAUUUUCAUUUUUAAUGGCCGUACGGUAAUAGCAAUUGUGUUUGUUUUGUCCUGGAAAACAUCAACAAAAGAAGCCUUUUAAAUUAUAAUAGAUUAAAACACAAGGUUCUUUGGGGCUUUUGUCAAUGUAUAAGGUUAAUUGAAUUUUUCUUUUAAAAAAUAUUAAAACCAAAUUUUGCGAAAUUUAUGAACAAAUAAAUUUCUACUUCCUAUGGCAAUGAAUGAUGAAAAUUGGCAAAAUUGGUAACUAUUUUCCCAUGAUGACCUAAUUUAAAAGGUCCGCCUACCUUGUUUAAUGUUGCUGUUUGCUCCAUCUAACCCCGGAUUACCCACUGCACAGUUUCUGUUCUCUGAGACUGUUUUAUUUUUGUUACUCAGGGUGAACACAUUUGACUGUGGAGAUGGCGUGUCCGACUGGCUGAGUGAGAUUUUUGGGACUUCAGGCAUUCGGCUUCUGCGGCAGCAGAGUGAUGAUACACGAAAGAGUAAACUGGCAGACAAAGAAAAAGUGAUGCUGGGUGAGUUUAGUGUGGUACUACUAGGUUAAGAAAAUGUGGUGCUGGGUGAGUUUAGUGUGGUACUACUAGGUUAAGAAAAUGUGGUGCUGGGUGAGUUUAGUGUGGUACUACUAGGUUAAGAAAAUGUGGUGCUGGGUGAGUUUAGUGUGGUACUACUAGGUUAAGAAAAUGUGGUGCUGGGUGAGUUUAGUGUGGUACUACUAGGUUAAGAAAAUGUGGUGCUGGGUGAGUUUAGUGUGGUACUACUAGGUUAAGAAAAUGUGGUGCUGGGUGAGUUUAGUGUGGUACUACUAGGUUAAGAAAAUGUGGUGCUGGGUGAGUUUAGUGUGGUACUACUAGGUUAAGAAAAUGUGGUGCUGGGUGAGUUUAGUGUGGUACUACUAGGUUAAGAAAAUGUGCUGGGUGAAGACACUGUGGUUCUGGGUAAAGAAAAUGUGAUAUUUGAAGAAAAUGUGCUAAGUAAAUAUGUGGUGCUAGAUAAAGAAAGUGUGGUGCUAUGUAAAGAAAAUGUGAUAGAUGAAUUUAGCAGAAUGAAAAGUUGAGGAUCAUGUGUCGACCAACAAAGUAUGCUGGAUAACUCUAUUUUGUCAAUUUACAUCGUGGCUUGAAUUUUUAAAAAUUGUUUUUCUCAGGAUAAUUAAGCUAACAGUUAGAAAAAACUGGUAGAAAAUCACAAAUGCACAUAAUUUAAAUAUUUUCAGAAAAGUUUCCAUUUUGCAAGCUUCAUGCUUAAAUAUUGGGAAAAGUGGGUGAUAAGAAGGGCUAAUCGUGACUAAAAGUUUGAGCUAAGUUGUUCUUAUGGUUCGCACACAACUUAUGAUAGAGUUGCUUGGAUUAAAAAACAUAAAAGCUUCAAUUUUCUUUGGAGCUAUUUUAUAGUGAUACAUUUAAAGAUGGAACACAUCCUUAACAACAAGAUUGCCAGUCAACUGGUUUUCAUGCUGCUGUAGUUCUCCUUGCUGGGAGUUAGUUUGAAUUUUUAUUUUCACUUGCUUGGGACUUCUUGAUCUUGACAAUGCAACAUUAAUCUGGCCAUGGUAGUAAAAUGCAGUUUGUGUAUCAAUUCUGACAUGAUCAAAUGUCUCUCCUUGAAAGAAAAUUAUAGUUUUUUAUUAUAGAUUGAUUCGGACAUGAUCAAAUGUCUCUCCUUGAAAGAAAAUUAUAGUUUUUUUAUUAUAGAUUGAUUCGGACAUGAUCAAAUGUCUCUCCUUGAAAGAAAAUUAUAGUUUUUUAUUAUAGAUUGAUUCGGACAUGAUCAAAUGUCUGCCCCUGAGAUUUGUUGAUUGUCGUGUACAAGCCCGAAUGAUGGGGAAUCUACGACUUGGUAAAAUGAAGGUCAGAGUAGUGUCACUUGGUGCUAAAUCAGUUUUUGGGAUGAAAACUGUGUCACCGCGAUUGCAUUCUGAGAUGAUUUCUACCAUGAUGAAGUUUCCCUGAAAGUUCCUUACGACUGAGUCGAUCAAGAAUUUUUGGGUAGCACUGUUCAUUCACUGAAUGUUCCUGACUAAUGUCUGUGGCUUGAAUGCUGUCCAGUAUGUCAAGUUGAGCAUAUUGUGAGGCCUGUUGUGUUGCUGGCUAAUGUUGCAAUGUCCUGUGGUACAUCUGGCCAGCACUGCUCCAUUUUUAACCUUGCACCAACAGUUGGUGAAUUUUUUUUUUGGUCAGACAUGCACUCAGUCAUUGGACCGCAGCAGUGUGCAACAGCCCAGUUCUCUUCAAAGUCAAUUGCCUUUUGUCAGAUCUGGAGGCUUUGAUGCUCUUGGGUUUAUUUCUGAGAUUCGGCACAUGCAAGUUGUCAUUCUGGCAAAUACUCAGCAGUUUCCAUGAUACGGCUCUGAUAAUGAGCUUCUUGUUGUGCAUUGUUCAGCUGUUGCAUCUGUUGAUAUCAUCCCCUCAUUAAACAUUAGUUUGGCAUUUGCUGCUUUUCAAGCUUGAGACUGUUCUGUGAUCUCUGAAUGACAAUUUUAGUUUUAGCAUUUUGCAUCAGCUUCUUCAGUUUGAAUUACCAUCAAGAGUUAAUUAACCUUGACACGCUUUCCACCUUUACUUCCUUUCUCUGGCGAUCCGAUGCUUUCACGCUUCCCAGAUCUUUGUUUUCGUCCAUGGUUUUCAAUUUAAAAUUUUGUUUGCAGCAGUGAUGCAAUAUUCAUUUUGAUUUAAUUUCAAUGAACUUUGAUGUGUGCUAAACAUUGAUGGAAAUGAUGUUCAACUUGAUUGCCUUACACUGGAAAUCAAAUUUUCUGUUAGUGUGUGACAACUCAACAAAAUUUUAGAGUAAGGAGAGACAAACAAUUUGUGUCAAUAAACCUAUGGAUGUUACGCAUUAAUUAUGGUUAGACAACAUAAAAAUUCAAAAUGUAACCUAUGGAUGUUACGCAUUAAUUAUGGUUAGACAACAUAAAAAUUCAAAAUGUAAAUGCCUUUAUCAGCACAACAAAAAACAUUUAAUUUAUGUUUAAAAAAAAUUUUUAAAGAGACAUUUUUAAAAAUGUUUUACAAUUCAGAUCCUUCAAAACCCCUGCUGUCUAUGGCCAAUGAGUCCCAGCUGCUCCUACUCUGCCGAAUCAGUGUACGAGAGCUGCAGAAGAAAAUGGUGGAAAUUGCAGAUGUUGAUGAUGCAGAUGAUACAAGAAUACCAACAUCACCAGCAGAUAUCAGUAAGUGUGUCAUCUUGAGUGGAUGGGGGUGGGGCCAAUGUUCAUUGAGUGAAGUUCUAUGACUGUUGGUGGCAUUUGAUUGGGUAUUGUAACAUUGUGUACCUGAUGGACAGGUGGUAAACAGUGGGGAAUGGGGUUUGAUGUUAAUUGGGUGAAUUGGAUGACUGUUGGUGGCAUUGGGUAACAUUGUGUAUCUGAUGUAAAGCUGGUAAACUGGGUGGUUGAGAGGGGGGGGGGGGCACACAAAGUUCUUCUCUUGUGCUCCCAGCAUGGUAAGGAAGAUCUAUAUGUUUCUGAUGUCACAUGAGUAUAAGCAUAUUAUAUGUUUACAUUGGUUUUUUUAAAAUGUCCAGCUAGCAAAUUAUAAAAGCAUGUUAUAAAUGUUGCAUCAAGAAAUCUUUUCUCAUUUCUUGAUGUAAUGUUUAUAUGUUAUGAUAAAUGUUUCUAAUGAUUUUAUUUUCAGGGUGUGGGAGGCACAAAAUAAAUACAUAAAUUAUAGACCAUUUAUUUUGAUGUUAUCACAAGAACUUAUGUCAGCAGUUUUGAAAGAAAAACUUUUCUCUAUAACUUAACAGCUGAAGAUAACUUGGUCCUACGUUUCCGUGGCAACAUUGUCAUUGAUGGGGGUAAACCCUUUGAAGAGGAUGAGUGGAGCUCAAUCCUUGUUGCAGACAACACUGUUGUUGUAAGUGGCAGACUUUUGUUGUGCAAUGUCUUAUUUCAUUACUGUAGUUUAGCCUGCCAUUCCUUUUCAUGUUUGCUGGACAGCUGCUGGACAGCUGCUGGACAGCUGCUGGAUCUACAAAAGUUGUUUUUUUUAACUGUUGGUCGAAGACACCUAAGUGGUUUAUGAGAGCCAUUUCCUUUGUAAAUUUUUUGUAUACAUUUAAAAGUUAAAAACCCUUGACUUACAGGUGAGAUUAGCAGGUGAGAUUGUCUUCUAUUUGAGCUUAAUAAUGUUUAACUUUCACUUCAGUGUCAAGGUCCUUGCUCCAGAUGUCAGAUGAUCUGUAUGGAUCAGGAGACUGGACAGAAGAGUAGAGAGCCCCUUAGAACUUUGGGCGUCUGGCGCGGCAAGAAGGUACUGGAGAAUUUGUAUGCAUUUUUACAUUGACAUAGCAUACCCUCCUGAUUUGUUUACAUUGACAUAGCAUGCCCUCCUGAUUGAGUUUACAUUGACAUAGCAUACCCUCCUGAUUUUGUUAUGAAAUUGAUCACAUCUACUAGUCUGGGUUUCUGCCACACCAAUAUUUCAUGGGUAGUAGUGUCAUGAUUAGGUGUUCAUAUUAAUCAAUCCAUCCCCUAUAAGUUUUGAGUUAUAGUUAAAGAUUUUUUUUAGGUAUUUUUCUAAAAAUCUCUUAAAAAUAAUAAUUUUAAUUUUAUUUUUCCUUUCGUCAUUAAAAUAAUAAUUCAUGAAAGCUUUUAAAUAUAGUCUAAUUUAUUUUUUAUUUCUUUAUCUAGGUCAAUUUUCUUCAAAUUUUUAAACUGUUUUUUCUUUGUGUGUGCUUUUUUCAGGUUCCCUUUGGUGUUCAUGCUCGCAUGCUUCCACCUACCGAUGGCUCAAGGCAAUUUAUUUGUGUGGGUGACUUUGUACAACUCAAGUAAAGCCACACAGAAGCAGACCUGGGGCAGCUGUAGUUAUUAGUAGCCAGAGAACGGUCAAUAAUCCAGACCAUUUUAGACAAACUUUAUUUAUGCCCAGUGUAACUAAGGUACUGGGUACUUUGAAUACAAUUUUAAUUUCAUUGCCGUGUCUCACCUGUAAACCAAGGAGAAUACCUGGAUUGAAAAUUGUCUCCCUUGUUAAAUUUUUUUUUUUUUUUCAAUAUCACAUUUUAAACCUUAAAAUGUUUAGUGCGGACGUAAAUAGUGCUGAAUAUUGCUUGAAGCUUUAACUUUUAAUUCCAAUUCAAAUAUAUUUGUAUCAACUUGGUCAUUUAAAUAGGAUGACUUGAAUACUAAAAUAUAUAAUUGGCAAAUAAGGGGGGAAAAGCUUGCAUCCAGUCAUUCUAUCUCUCCAGCAAAAUCUAAAAUCAGAGGUUCUUGCCUUAAUUACAUUUUUGAAAACAGUAUCUGAAACAAUCUAUGUAUAAAUACAGUGUAUUGUUGAAUAUUUCUUUGUUCAAAUUAUGUGAUCUACUUUGUUGUUAAAAAAAUAUACAUUUACUUUAUUUUUUAUAAUGCUUAAAUUACAAUCAAAUUUCAUGCUUUAUUAAAUAACUAACUCUCAUGAGUUUAUAAAAUAUACAUCAGAUCUGCUUGAGUGAUCAAAUUAAAGUUUUCAAAAAGAAAUUUUGCCAUGACCCUUACAUUCUCUGCAUAAUUGAUAUGUGAUGCAGAAUCUUAGUUCACUAGAGUCUUGAAUUCAUUUUUUCAGUUUGACAAUAUCAUGGACAUGUUUCAUUUCUGAGACCAUUGGCAAACAGAAAGUUAGGUGGUAUGUCCCGGAGUUAAUACACAUUGUUUUUCUCUUCUGCUAAGAGAUGUUUCAAGUACUGUACUCAGUUCUGUCUUUCUAAACUGUGGAUUAGAUUGACUUAUGUACUUAGCCCUUUGAAUUUCCCGAUUUGGUUCAAAUCAACUUCAUUAGCCAGAUUCAGAUUUACUGAUACCUUCACUCUAGCUUUAACUCUAACCCACCCUAAUAUCAGUCAACCACAAGAUGACAAAAUCUGAACCAUUUAAAGGAGUCAUAUGAAUGCUUCAUCAAAACAUUAUCAAUGGUGACAUCAUUAAUGUGUUAGAAUCUGGUACUAUGUGUUUACCCUCUGAAAAAUCUGUGUGUGCAAACAUAUUGAAUUACUAAAUCACCAAUAGAAAAGUUUGUUUUUUCCCCACCAACCAAAACACCCUCACACAGUUACUAAAGAUUUUAUGCUGAGGUGACAGGUUGAAAAGCAUGUCACAGUUUUUUAAAAUAUUUUUCUAGCCAUCAUCAGUGGCACAACAGGCCAUAAUCUUUUUAUAAAAUGAAAACAAAUAUGUUGUUAUUUUUUUACAUAGGAAGGGUUACAUUAUGAAAUAGCAUUGCUUAUGAAAUGGUAGGCUUACAUAUGAAAUGGUAUACUUACAUAUGAAAUGGUAUACUUACAUAUGAAAUGGUAGGCUUAUGUAUGAAGUGGCAGUUUUAAUUAAACGGAUUAUAAAUUAAUGAUUAACCUGGCUGUUUCUUUAAAUAUUUUUUGUUUAUUCUAUAUAAGGAAAUUGUGUGUUUUGUUUGUAGAUUUACAAUUUCAAUAUUGUGAGCAUGUCCUAUUGAGUCUUGUACUGCUUAUGCCAGUUUAACUUUUGUAUGAAAUAUACCUUACCAUCAUAUAACAAAGUACGAAUGUAUGGCUGUAACUGUAAUGCUCUGUUCAAAAGGGGUGCAAAAGAAAUUCCCAGAAGUUAGCACUAUUUGGGAUUCUUUUAAAGUGCGUUAACUUGAAUGCAUGUUUUGUCAAGUAACUUUAGUUGAUGGGAAGUUCAGGCAUUGCCGCCACCAUGGUUUGUCUGGUUAUUUAUAGUACAUAAAUAUUUAUAAAUAUUUUUCUCUCAAACUGAAAUCCAAAACAAGUUU